GUUCAUUCAGUAGCUCGGGCAGCAGCUGAAAAUUUUGUUCAGAUCCUACGGGCUCUCGCUUCGAAGUGUUUCAGUUGGUGUUAACUUGUGCUUAAUAAUUGAGUAUAACGUGAACAAUAUUACUAAAUAGAAAGUUCGUUAUUCAAUAGAAAGUGUUGUGGUUGUUACCAAUCAGUCUUUUUCAAACCCACGAUUAUGAAGACAGACGAUAAAAACCACAUCCCAAAGGUCCGCGUGGCCGUAUUAGGAAAAUCGAACGUUGGAAAAUCAGCUCUAACAGUUCGAUAUUUAACCAGACGUUAUAUCGGCGAAUAUAGAAGCAAUACAGAUCUUUUAUAUAGACAGACCUUAACGGUUAAUAACGCAGUCUUAGACGUUGAAAUCGUUGAUGUCUGUAGUAGUGAUAUGUCUCUAUUCCCGGAAGAAGCCAUAUAUUGGGCAGAUGCCUGCAUCAUAGCUUACGAUAUAACAUCAAAAAGUUCAAUGCAUCACGCCGAACAGCUUCUGCAGCGUGUCCAGCAGCUGAGAAGCCAGAUGCCGAUAGUCCUUCUGGGGAAUAAAUCUGACCUGGAACAUCUCAGAGAGGUUGAAGAGAUCGAUGGCAGGACAACAGCCGUUCAGCAUGGAUGCCAAUUCUACGAGGUUUCAGUAGCUGAAAAUAGCUCAACGAUAUACACAGCUUUCGAUAUGGUCCUUUCAGAUUGCCGCCAGUUACAAGCGACACAAAAAACUAGGAAGUUUUCCGUUUCAAAAAUGAUUGGAACGCUAAUAGGUAGUACCAAUGGAAAAGUGGUACCUAACCCAAAUCAAGGUGGUACCGUAGUAGUUUGGCAUAAAAGCGAUCUUUACAAAUCAAGAGUUCUUAAAAGGAGACAAAAUUUUUCGGCGACGGCAUCACUUUGACUAACCGACAAUAAUAACGAACAAGAUGGAACCGUUCGUUAAAGAAGACAAUGUUAUCAAUGUCUUAUUUUGUACUCUGACCAUUCGAUUUUUCUCAGUUUUAUGAGAAAAAUGAUGAUUUAUUUUUACGUUUUUAAGUUAUAUAAAUUUAUUUAAAAAUAAUCAUUUUUAAGAUCUUUUAUACCGUUAAAUCGUAGUUUUUUUAAUCAUGAAGUGAAUGUUUCGAAUUCAUAUCAUAUUGUAAACGGAAUUUACGGCAGAACAAAACGUUUUUAAAUAAUAAUAUAAAUAAAUGUAUCUCGAUGUAGAUUCUCAAGCUUGAGCUAAACUUUCGACUGUGAUAUAAAAACGAGAUUGUUGUUUUGUCUCUUACAUUAAUUUGAUCCAAGAGAUGUGUAGUAAUAAACUACUUGUUAUUGUAAUACUAUAUUUACGCCAAAUACAUACAAAUUGUAAAACAAA